AUGGAAUGUGCUGGACGCGCAUUGCUCUUUUGGACCUACCAAACAACCCAAGAAAUCUACUACCAGGAAUUUCUUGCAAAGACACUCACAGACAAGUAUACAGGUUUAAAUACACAAAUGGAUAAGGUUAUUCAUAAUGCCAACACAGAAAUUUCAACUCUACAGGCAAGGCUAUCAGAUAUGCAGGCGACACAUGAGCAGCUUCAAAAGAAGAACCAGGAGCUUGUUGACUUAUACCGAGAAAAGUGCAAGAAGUUCUCUCAAAUUACGAACCUCUAUAAUUUACUGAAAGCUCGGGCAAUGCGGUCCCAUAUGCAGACAGCCGCAUCGGACUCGGUUUCCCAGGCCCUGAACUCUUUAGGGGCGUCACGGAAUGACCCUCCAGAUUCGGAAUCAAACAGACCAUUGGGUCCACAGAUGCCUCUGCAGACACCAUCUCAUCGUCAACAGUACAUGUUCCCUGUUGACCAGGAGGGAGUGGAGCAAUUGCACCGAUAUCAACGCAGCGGCACUGGGAGCUCAAAAGGGGCAAGGAAAAGAACGGAUACCUCAGCAAUGCCGCCUCCAAGUCUUCUAGGAAAUCAAAGACAUCGUGAAGGGGAUGCCCAUGACUCCCAAGCACCGAACACGCCUCACAGGCCAAUCACUUCCUUCCACAAGAAUGCCACACCUACCACCAAAUAG